AGAAUGCUGGAUCAAGAAUGGAGGAAGGGACCUUGGACACCUGAAGAGGAUGAUUUGCUUAUUGAAUAUGUUAAAGUGCAUGGAGAAGGAAGAUGGAGCUCAGUAGCCGGUUGCUCUGGGUUAAAAAGAAGUGGGAAGAGUUGCAGGUUAAGAUGGGUGAAUUAUCUAAGACCUGGUCUCAAGAAAGGUCAACUAACACCAAAGGAAGAAGGCAUCAUUGUUGAACUUCAUGCUUUGUGGGGAAACAAAUGGUCUACCAUAGCUAGAUACUUGCCAGGGAGAACUGAUAAUGAGAUAAAGAACUAUUGGAGAACCAACUUCAAGAAGAAAAAAACACCAUUACAAAACCGACAAAAGCAAAAACUCAAAACUGCAUUUAGACGCGACCAAUAUCGACAAGAAGUAAACGAAAUGAAGAACAGUUUUGUGUUUCCUUAUAAAGAUGACAACAACAGAUGCAAAAUGGAUGAUGCUGUUGCUGUCAAAAGUUCAAGCAGCACAACCAGUGAGCAGCAGCAGCAACAUAACCAGUCUUUGAUGGGUCAAGAUGUUGCAUCCUCGUGGGACGUCGUCUCCGAAGAUGGCUUCUGGAGUGAGUUCUUGUGGGAUCUGGGCAAUGACCAUCCAAACCAACCUGUGAUGGAACAAUAAUUAGUUCAUAUUUUAUUUUUUAUUUUUACUUUUAGCUGCUUCACUACAUCCACUUCUUGUAGGAGUUUCUAAAACAGUAUGCGGGCAAUGCA